GCCAGAGGAGCGGACGCAGCCCCACGCGCCGGGCGGUGCAGAUGGCCAUGACUGGUAGGGCCCGCAAAGAGGCGGUGCAAGCCGCUGCCCGGGAGCUCCUCAAAUUCGUGAACCGGAGUCCCUCUCCUUUCCACGCCGUGGCCGAGUGCCGCAGCCGUCUCCUCCAGGCUGGCUUUCGUGAACUGAAGGAGACAGAGAGCUGGGAUAUUAAGCCCGAGAGCAAGUACUUUAUGACCAGGAAUUCCUCCACCAUCAUAGCUUUUGCUGUGGGAGGCCAGUAUGUUCCCGGCAAUGGCUUCAGCCUCAUUGGGGCCCACACGGACAGCCCCUGUCUGCGGGUCAAACGUCGGUCUCGCCGCAGCCAGGUGGGCUUCCAUCAAGUCGGUGUAGAGACCUAUGGUGGUGGGAUCUGGAGCACCUGGUUUGACCGUGACCUGACCUUGGCCGGACGUGUCAUUGUCAAGUGCCCUACCUCAGGUCGACUGGAGCAGCGACUGGUGCACGUGGAGCGGCCCAUUCUGCGUAUCCCACACCUGGCCAUCCAUCUGCAGCGAAAUAUCAACGAGAACUUUGGACCCAACACAGAGAUGCACCUAAUCCCCAUUCUUGCCACAGCAGUCCAGGAGGAGCUGGAGAAGGGGACUCCUGAGCCAGGGCCUCUCAGUGCUGCAGAUGAGCGGCACCACUCGGUCCUCAUGUCCCUGCUCUGUGCCCAUCUGGGGGUGAGCCCUGAGGACGUAGUGGAGAUGGAGCUCUGCCUCGCAGAUACGCAGCCUGCGGUCCUGGGUGGUGCCUAUGAUGAGUUCAUCUUUGCUCCUCGUCUGGACAAUCUGCACAGCUGCUUCUGUGCCCUGCAGGCCUUGAUUGAUUCCUGUGCAGCCCCUGCCUCGCUGGCCAAGGAUCCUCAUGUGCGCAUGAUCACACUCUAUGACAAUGAAGAGGUGGGGUCUGAGAGUGCCCAGGGAGCACAAUCACUGCUGACAGAGCUGGUACUACGGCGGAUCUCAGCCUCAUCUCAGCACCUGACAGCCUUCGAGGAAGCCAUACCCAAGUCCUUCAUGAUCAGCGCAGACAUGGCCCAUGCUGUGCACCCCAACUACCUGGACAAGCAUGAGGAGAAUCACCGACCCUUAUUCCACAAGGGCCCUGUGAUCAAGGUGAACAGCAAACAACGCUAUGCCUCAAAUGCAGUUUCAGAGGCCCUGAUCCGAGAGGUGGCCAGUAAUGUCGGGGUGCCCCUGCAGGACCUCAUGGUCCGGAACGACUCCCCCUGUGGUACCACCAUUGGGCCUAUCUUGGCUUCUCGACUGGGGCUGCGGGUGCUGGAUUUAGGCAGCCCCCAACUGGCCAUGCACUCUAUCCGGGAGACAGCCUGCACCACAGGAGUCCUCCAGACCCUCACCCUCUUCAAGGGCUUCUUUGAGCUGUUCCCAUCUCUGAGCCGUAGUCUCAUAGUGGAUUGAGCCCUUUUGGAAAGACUUCUCUUCUCCCGCUUUGUACUUGAGAGGAGAAGUUCUCAGCUGAGCUGGAGCUGGAUUAUGAUUAAAGUGGAUUUUUCACUCAAA